UCAAGAGCAUCAGAGGGGAAGCAAACAAACAAGCAGUGUCACCAUCGUCUUUGGAGCUUAGAAGGCUACCGAGAGGUUGGAAGAGGAAGAACCCCACCCCGGGCAAGCGCAACUUGCAUGGCUACGGCGAGCACCUCAGGGCUUGGCAAGAAGAAAAAGAACCCAGGACUCAUGGAUUCUAUUAGCAAGAUCUUUGGAGGGGACAAAAAGAAAAGGAGCAAGGGGUCAUUCCGGGGUCACCUGGCCGCAUCACCCCAGCAGUCCUCUGCCCGCCGCAGGACCAAUGAAAAUGCUGUGGUCCAGUUCUUCCGCAACAUUGUUUCCUCGCCUCGUCCGAAAUCCAAGUGGAGGGAAGUCUUUGGCUUGGCUUCGUCACCACGUGCAGAGAGCACAAAGUCACCAGUCAGACGACGCAGGGAGCAAAGCACACUGUCCAGACUCUUCAACCUGGGAGAUACCAAGUCCCGCCCACCCCCUAAACGCUGGAGCACCAUCUUCUGAGGUCUUCUCUGAGACCCAAAGCAGGAAGUCAAAGCAGAUGGUGCGGCAUGAGGGGGAGCAACAUAAAUCGGGUUGCGGCAGACUCACAACCAUUGUGUGUUAACACCCUAACACUGGAUUUCUGUACCCACUCUCCACAGAUGGAGACGGUCUCGUCCAAGUGCUUAUUUAGCUUUCCAAGUCUUUAAAAAGUCUUGUUAAGCUUUGAAGAGCGUAUAUACCGUAUAUAUCUCACUGUAAAAAAAAAAAAAAAUCUCCCUGUUGAUUAUCAUAGUCUGAUGGUGCUAAUGUUUGUACAAGUUUUUCUACAUCCGUCUUGUGUUGUCUGUUUUUUUUUUUCGGUAUGAGCGAUCCUUUGUGUGCCUCACCGUGUUCUAUUAAAAAAAAACACACACACACUCAAAGGGUGUGCUUGUUAAAAUGUUCUUGAAACGUACACAGAAUUGUAACUGCUACACCUCAAUGAUUAAUCAUGUACAGGACAGUCAGAAAUGAAUCGAUCUGGUGAACAUGCCCUUUUUCAUUGCACUGUUGCCCACUAAUCAAAGCCCCACAAGUGAGUUGGUGGUAUGCAUGCUAUUUAUUACAUUUGAAGACGUAACGUUUUGUGUGGUUUGCGGGGGGAAAAAUAGAAAGGUUUGUUGAUCCGAUGGUCAGUUUGCAAGUGGCUCAAAGGUUUUAGGGGAAUUAAAAAAAAUGUUAAUGGUUUUAGAAAGGAUGUGUCAUUUUUUUAUUUAGUCUUCCUUGUGAAUAUUGUUGUCACUUCCAGAUGUGUGCUUAUUUUAAUGAGUCAAUGCCAAAGGGUGUUUUGGUGUUUUUAUUAGAAAUUAACACUUGUUGAUUUUGUCAUAUUUAUGAAGGCUUAAACUGCAGCCUAACAGAAAUAUAAACACUAAUUUAGUUUACUCUUUGCUAUGUUCAUUAAAUUGCAUUAUUAUAUUAAAAGUCCUUGAGUCUAA